CCAAUGGUCUGUGUGCUACUGACAAUGUGAACCGUGGAACCGUGCAAGUAAAGACAGGGCACCGGGGAGCUCUUGUACAGACGACGUAUAAACGCUGCGUGAAAACCUUUCACAAGCCUCAAUCUUGCCAUGCAAAUAAUGGAAUAACAAAGAAUGGGCAUUUUACAUCAAAUGUAGAUUUAAGUAUCCACGCACGCUGGCGCUUUGUGCUCGCCGGUUGUCUGUGCGCGUCUUCUUCGGUGUCUCCUCUUACCCACCCCCUCUUGUCUCCCCUCACUGGGCAUGGACUGACCGACUCCUUCUCCGGAUCAUUUGAUGGGGCUGCUCAGAGUCAUGAUGCCGCCCAAGUUGCAGAUGCUGGCUUUGCUGGCGUUCGCCGUGGCCAUGUUCUUCCUGGAGAACCAGAUUCAGAAACUGGAGGAGUCCCGAGGAAAACUCGAGCGGGCCAUUGCUCGGCACGAGGUACGGGAGAUCGAACAGCGACACACCCAAGACGGCUUGCGGGAGCGGGACUCUUCGUGGGCGUCUGUAUCCGAGAGCGACGACGAUGUAGUCAUCAUCUACAACCGCGUUCCCAAGACGGCGAGCACUUCCUUCACUAACAUCGCCUACGACCUAUGCGGGAAGAACCACUACCACGUCCUGCACAUCAACACCACCAAGAACAAUCCCGUCAUGUCCUUACAGGACCAGGUGCGGUUUGUGAAAAAUGUGACAGAAUGGAGAGAGAUGAAGCCAGCUUUCUACCACGGCCACAUCUCCUUCCUGGACUUCACCAAGUUCGGGGUGAAGAUCAAGCCGAUCUACAUAAAUGUGAUCAGAGACCCCAUUGAAAGGCUGGUUUCCUAUUACUACUUUUUGCGUUUCGGAGAUGACUACCGACCCGGCUUGAGGCGCAGGAAACAAGGAGACAAAAAGACAUUUGAUGAAUGUGUAUCAGCCGGCGGCUCCGACUGCGCCCCGGAGAAGCUUUGGCUCCAGAUUCCCUUUUUCUGCGGCCAUUACUCUGAAUGCUGGAAUGUGGGUAGCCAUUGGGCUCUGGAGCAGGCGAAAUACAACCUGGUGAACGAGUACAUGUUGGUCGGCGUGACGGAAGAGCUGGAGGACUUUGUCAUGAUGCUGGAGGCCGCUCUGCCACGCUUCUUCAAAGGAGCCACCGAUCUGUACAAAACAGGGAAGAAAUCCCACUUGAGGAAGACCAGCGAGAAGAAGCCGCCCACCAGGGAGUCCACCGCCAAACUGCAGCAGUCGGCCAUCUGGAAGAUGGAGAACGAGUUCUACGAGUUUGCCCUGGAGCAGUUUCAGUUUGUCAGGGCCCACGCGGUGCGGGAAAAGGAUGGGGAACUCUACAUGUUGGCGCAAAAUUUCUUCUACGAGAAGAUCUACCCCAAAAACUAAGAAGGGUGGGACGUAUCCUCGGAGCAGUUGGGGGGCGAGAUGAGGAUGACACAAGGGCGAGACGUCCAGGUGUCCGUUGGUGGAAAUGUGAUGGGAGUUAAAACGACUUGACUACUUGUGAUGGCAUAUGCCGUCAAACUGCAAACAGUUGGUGUUGGUCACAAAUGGUGGUGGGAGGAGGGGGGCGAGCUCGUGUUCCGUCCCCAUCCCUGCAGGUCGGCGGCUUCCUUUCACUUCCAUUUCAGAGGGCCGGCAGGGGCGGGGGGGGGCCUCAGGCAGGACAUGACAAUGUGCUGUUUGGUUGUGUUUAGCUAUUUGAGCCCCAAAAUUGCCUCGCGAUUUUGCGGGCCAUCAUUUGCAGCCCGACUACAUCGUAUAUUUUAUAGAUGAUUUGGGGGGGGGGGGCGGGGGAAAAAAAAACAACAAAAAAAAAACAGUACAGUGAACCCCGCUUUUUGCCAUGGGAUAGGGACAGAGCCCUGAGAGCUUAAUGACAGUUUAUGAUUGCCUAAAGUUGCCCCAAGUUGGCAACAAAGGACUAUUUUUGUCUAAAUGAAGAUCCUUAUGCCACUUCAACAUAGUUCCUUGGCACCAAGAUGCCACAAGAUGGCGGCAAAUGUCCUAAGCACAAAAACAGACUAGUCGUGCUCUCAGUUUCUCAACGAAUAAUUUGGUGAAUGCUGAACUUUAAAUUGGUUACAGUGGUCGCCUGGCAUACAAGUUGCAGUUGUUUGCAUGAACAGCAUUGAGAAAAUUAGCACUGGGUUAUAUUUUUUAACUACCGAUACUGUACUGUAGUAUUUGUGUGUUGAAUGUGCGUGGCCUAGUGAGUGAUGUCAGGAGCUGGAGUCAGGUUGGCUGGUUCGUCUGUGUGUGAUCGUAUGGGCGUGAGUUGUGGCAUACAGAAGCUUCUUGCGAGUGUUCUCAUUUUGAAUUUGUGCAUUUGACUCUUUCACCAACCUGCUAAAAGUGAGUUGCUGAAUAUUACCUUCAUUGUUCUGUUUUUUUUGGGGGGGGCGGGGGGGGGGGACUCAAACUUGCAAGUUGAGGUGCUCGUAAAUCAUGGUAACACCAUCCUAUUAGACAGCGCUUUGGCGGCAUCUUGUGGCAUCUUGCGACGUUUAAAAAAAAAAACAUGAAUGGAUGAUUUUUUUCCAGCAAAUAACAGAGAACAGGUUCCACAGAAAAUAAAAACACAAAUAGUUGAGUUCGUGAAUAGCAAACCACGACUAGGUGGAGCUUCACUAUAUUGUCUUUUGGAAACGACGUGUACCCUGCUUUGCUCAGACCUCCAGUGAAAAAUUGAUCGAGCUGUAGUAUUUGGACUUGAACAAAGAUGUUUGAGGUUUUUAUGAAAUGUAAAAAAA